AUGGGCGGGGCCGCGUGCCUUGCCGGCGCCGCGUACGCCGCCGUCGUCUGCCAGCUGGCCUGCGUGGUCUCCCUCCUCGAGGACGCCUGGCUUCUCACCGCCAUACGCAGGAGCCGCGCGCUCCUCGCCGGCAAGUUCUGGCCGGCGGCGGCCAUCUUCCUCACGCUCGACGCCUGCAUCGUGGCUCUGCUAAUGGCCUACACGGUUCUGGUGGUGGCGGUGCGCGACGCGCUGGGGCUGCGUCUCGCUUUCCUGCUGGCUGCGGGAGUUGGGAUGACAGUCGCUCUGUGGGCGGUGCUCGUCGUCACGCUGGUGGCGCAGCCGGUGGUGUACCUCGUCUGCAAGAACCACCACCACGAGGUCGUUGACAACGUCCACCUCAACUACGUCGGAGAGUACGAGCGGCUCGCCGUCGACGGCGACAAUGGCGUGGAGCUGCAGCCGGCGCCGCAGGUCACUACAACUGCCUAG